AUGUACGCUGCUCAAACGCUGCCGUUUCCGAAGCUCACUGCAUACAGUCCCCAAACAAAGAACCACCCAAAAGUGACUUCUUUACAGAACCCACCUUUCGGGUUUCUCAAUUCGGGCAAAAGGGUGUCCGAAUCAAGAGCUGGCCCGAAAAAAGGUGGCUCUUUUGCGGCGAUCAUGUGUGCUGCGGCUCAGGAUAAGCGAACGGUCGACGAGCAAGAUAAAUUUGGCGAUGAUGGAUAUUAUAUGAGGAGAUGUGUGGAGCUCGCGAAGAAGGCAAUUGGGUCGACCAGCCCCAAUCCGAUGGUUGGGUGUGUGAUUGUGAAUGGCGGCAAAAUUGUUGGUCAAGGGUUUCAUCCCAAAGCUGGUCAACCUCAUGCCGAGGUUUUUGCUUUAAGAGAUGCUGGAGAUUUGGCCGAGAAUGGGACAGCAUACGUGAGCCUCGAGCCAUGCAACCAUUACGGAAGAACACCACCUUGCACCGAGGCAUUAAUCAAAGCCAAAGUGAAGAAAGUAGUGAUUGGCAUGGUAGACCCUAAUCCCCUUGUGGCAUCGGCCGGGGUUAAAAAGCUUCAAGAUGCCGGCAUUCAGGUGACUGUUGGGGUUGAGGAGGAAAUGUGCAAAAGGCUUAAUGAGGUCUUUGUCCAUCACAUCCUCACGGGAAAAUCUUUUGUUACUCUCAGGUAUUCCAUGUCACUGGAUGGUCACAUACUAUAUCAGCUCGGUGAAGAAGCUACUGAGUGUGACGGAUAUUAUUCUAAAUUAUUGCAGGAAUAUGACGCUGUCAUACUUUCUUCAACAACACUGGCCGAGAAGUCUUCCUUUCCCUUUUCAAAUGAACCGGGAGCCAAUCAACCCGCGAAGAUCAUAUUAUCAACAUCUCCAAAUUCCCAGAUUCAGAUUCCCAUUGUCGAUGAUGUGGAAGCUUCUAAACUAACGAUAGUCUCUGAUAAAGACAACAACUUUGAGCCACAGACCAUUCAAGAAGGCAUCAUCAAGACACGGUCUUUCGAGAAAAUAAGUUUACGUGAAAUUCUUGAAGAUUGCAAGAGUCGAGGGCAGUGUAGUGUGUUAAUUGAUUUGAGAGGUAAUAAUUUGGAUUUUGAGGAUAUUCUUAAAGAGGGGUUUGAAUUAAACUUGUUUCAGAAGGUGGUGGUGGAGGUUUUGCCGCUUCUGGGUGGCGAUCGAGAACACGUGUUGAAGCAUAUGGAUUUAAAAUCGAAUGUUCGGAAUUUGACGUCGUUUGUUUCAGGCAAGAGUGUAAUACUCGAGGGAUAUUUUUGA